GAGCGGCUGCAGAUGCGCCUCUGAACGCGGAGGAAGGAGGAGGUUGUCAGUGCGAGGGACUCUAAAAAGCUUCCAGACGGCUCUCACCUGGUGGAUUUUGCCUCAUUCGCAAGGCAAAAUCUUAACGUUAGGAGCGCGAACCGCUGCUAUUUCUCCAUCUGCGUUAAAAGAAGACCACGCGCGCUUAUUUUCAUUUGCGUGGCGCGGGCUUUCCGCUCUCUGGAGCACUGCGCUAUAGAUGAACGGAAUACAUGUCGUUUUAUUGACCGGAAUGACUUACGUUGAAACGGUAGAAGUGGAUUAGGCUGAUGAUGGCAUCAUCUGUAGUAGUAAAUGAAAUGAACGACCUUGCUUCUGCCUAGCUGAAACCGCCGCUACCUGAGGUUUAAUGGUGACCUUUUUACCUUUAUCUGCCCAACCAGUAAAAUUUCAUAUGCCACCUUCAAUCUGAAUUACGGGAGACUUGGCGACAGGACAUCGCAUCUGUUGACAGCACAUCAGUCAGGGCCUAGGGAAGGCCCUCUGUUGGAUUCAAGUGAUCACCACAAAUGGUUGAUUAUUUUUGAAGUGAAGUGCUUUUGCCACAAAAUCUUUUAGGACCAACUACUUACUGGUGGGAACUGUGCCAAUAUGAAGGACAUAUCAUUUGCGGAUUAUUUGCUAGUGGGUCUUGCAGUGACUACCUUGGUUCUUGCUGCAGAAGAGAGAGUCAGUUGUCCCAAACUUUGUGUAUGUGAGAUUAGACCCUGGUUUUCCCCUAGCUCUGUCUAUAUGGAGGCUCCCACUGUUGACUGUAAUGACCUAGGACUUUUUGACCUGCCCAUGAGAUUGCCAUCUGAUACACAAGUCGUUUUACUGCAGACCAACAACAUUGCUAAGAUUGAGCACCCUUUGGAUUACCUGCCAAACAUCACUGAGAUUGAUCUCUCCCAAAACAACCUGUCAUCAAUAAGUGAUGUCAAUAUUGGCCACCUCCCUCAACUCUUAUCCCUACACAUGGAGGAAAACUGGAUAUGUGCCCUACCAGACAACAGCCUUUCUCAACUGACCAACCUUCAGGAGCUCUACCUAAAUCAUAACCUCAUCUCCUUCAUUUCUCCCGAGGCUUUUCGUGGCCUGCAGAGCUUGCUGAGACUUCACCUCAACUCCAACCGGCUUCAGAGUAUAAAAAGCGAAUGGUUUGAGCCCUUACCAAAUUUGGAAAUUCUAAUGAUUGGGGAAAAUCCUGUCCUCUCUAUUCAGGAUAUGAACUUCAAACCUCUGAGAAACCUUCACAGCCUGGUUCUUACUAGAAUGAACCUGUCACAGAUACCAGAUGACUCACUUCUGGGCCUUGACAAUCUGGAGAGUAUCUCAUUCUAUGAUAAUACAUUCCCUAAGGUACCCCAUGGUGCUCUCAGGAAUCUGAAGAGCCUCAAGUUUUUGGAUCUUAAUAAGAACCCCAUUGGGCGAAUUCAGAGGGGUGACUUUGUGGACAUGCUCCAUCUUAAGGAGCUCGGCAUUAACAGCAUGCCUGAGUUGGUGUCCAUUGAUAGUUUUGCCCUCAACAACCUCCCAGAACUGACCAAAAUCGAAGCCACCAACAACCCCAAACUUUCCUACAUACAUCCAAAUGCUUUCUGUAGGCUGCCGAGGCUGGAAACUCUAAUGUUAAAUGGUAAUGCUUUAAGUGCCCUCCACAGGAUAACAGUGGAGUCCCUCCCAAAUCUCCGGGAGGUUAGCAUGCACUCUAACCCAAUCCGCUGUGACUGCGUUGUACGGUGGAUGAACAUGAACAAGACAAACAUUCGCUUCAUGGAGCCUGAUUCCCUGUUCUGUGUGGAACCUCCAGAGUUUGAAGGUCAGCAUGUGCGGCAGGUUCACUUCAGAGAGAUGAUGGAGAUCUGUCUGCCUCUCAUCUCUUCAGAAGGCCUCCCCACACAAAUCAGUGUGGAAAGUGGGAGAUCUGUGUCUCUUCACUGCCGUGCCUUUGCUGAACCUGAGCCAGACAUUUACUGGGUGACUCCGUCAGGGAGAAGGGUCAUCCCAAAUGCUGUUUCUGCGAGAUUCUACAUGCACCCCGAAGGCACACUUGAUAUUUAUGAUAUCACUGAGGGCGAGGCUGGAUUGUACACAUGUGUGGCACACAAUCUUGUUGGAGCAGACCUGAAAUCUGUCUCAGUGGAGGUAAAUGGAUACUUCCCACAACCUGUCAAUGACUCACUGAAUGUCAACAUCGAAUCUGUACAGACCAACUCUGUUUUGAUAUCCUGGAAUGCCUCUCAUGGUAGCCUGGCACCAAACAUUAAGUGGUAUACAAUGCCCACUGCAAACCAUCCAACAGUGGCAUUCACAGCUAGGGUAACAUCUGACGUGACUGUAUAUAAUCUCACACAUCUCAGCCCUGCUACACAGUACAAAGUGUGCGUGGACAUUCACAGCAUCCAUCAUAAACAUGACACCACAUGUGUCAAUGUCCUAACUAAAGGAUUAGAACAAGACGUAAAGGACUCCGAGAGGUGGGACAUGGUGCUGAUUGCUGCUUUUGGUGUGCUUUUCAUUGUGAUAUCAGUGGCUUGCUUUCUGAUUUAUGUCUUUAUGAGGAACCACUGCAUUUAUGGAGAACUGAAGCGAUACCCUUCCAAAAUGGCUCUGAUGUCUGAGACCAGCCAGCAGUCUCCCUUUACAAGGCUCUGGAUUUCUGGCAAAGGGAUGCCAGCUGCUGUUGAGGUGAAAGCCACAGUCAUAAAUGUGUUGGACAAUGCAUUUUAAGCUGUACCUGCAGAGAACCACAAAAACUACAAGCAAACUGACAAGGCAAGAGCGGAGAACUUGCUUUUCCAACUUGCCAUUUAUCUUUUUGCCUUGAAACAGACAUCAAAUUCAAAUGGAAGCGAUGUCUAAAAAUCUAUAACUAGCUCUAUAGCCCCUCAUCACGAGCUGUCAGAUGUGGCAAGUGGCAAUGGAACAGUGGUAACUAGCGAGAGGUAGAGACUUGCUGCUAAAGUAUGCAGUGUGAUAUUUCUGGGCCAUUCACUGAAAACAGAUGAUAUUAAGACAUCAGGAAGGUGUUGUUUCUCAUACCUGACUGUUAAAUGUGUAAAGAGUAGUGGAACAGUCCUUGUGGUCCCAAGCAAUACCGUCUGUGCUGUACGACAACCACAUAGGCGUGUUAGAGACCCGACUGUUUGUUAAGAAGGAAAUCUAGUAGAAUAGAAGAUUACGGUGAUUAUGAUGUGAACUUUUAAUGAAACAUGUCGUUUUUCUAUUUAAAAGCAGAUCUGUCUUUUCAUGCCUAAAAUUGUUAUAUAUUCUAUCCAGAAAUGUAACAGGUAUCUUCUGUGCAGUAGCCAGGCAGUAAACAAGUGUGAAUUACUUACAGUAUGAAAGAUACAACUUAAGUAACGAGACUACACAUUUGCUGAAUAAAACACAAAUGUACAUCUUAAGGAAUCUACAUACAUAAAUAUAUAUUAUAUUUGAUUAUAUUACUAUCAGGACUGGAUGUUGUUGAAUGCAGACACUUUAAAAGCAUCUCUCAGACAUAAAUUGCAGAAGGUUGAUCAUGACAGGGUAAGUGCCUACUCCUGAAUCUUAGACCAGAAAAAAAAGAAGAAAAAAAAAAACACUUUUGAAUGUUACUUCUAAUGGUUUCCUGAGAGAUCCCUGGAGAACAGAGCCAUGAUUCCAGCCUCACAUGCAAAUUUGUGCAAAUACUAUAUGAGUAUUUUUUAGCAUAAACGUGGAUUAAAAGCAUUGCGUCCUUGCUUUGAGUGUGAAAAAGCGAUUUUUAUAUUGACUGUGCUGUCUGUUCUACCCUAAGCACAUUAGUCAAUGAGACCAAUGUGCUUAAGGUACUGUAAAAACUAAAUAAAUGUCAGGGUUUUUUUUUUUUUUUUUUUCUUCUAAUGUUGGAAUCAGUAUGUUUACUGAUCUAAG